AUGGUCGAGCUCCUCGACGCAGCGGCGUACGCGGCGCCCAUCUACGCCACCGUCGCCGCGCUGCUCCUCGCGCACGACGCGGCGCACGCGGCCAUGGGCGUGCUCUCGGUCCUCGUCGUGCUGUCCGCCGUCGCGCUCAACGACGGCGCGCCGGAGCUUCUCCUUCUCUGGGGCGGCGUCGUGCUGCUCCCGCAGCUGCUGCAGCAGGGCGAGGUGCCGUGCGCCGACGAGAUCACGCCGCCGCCAGAGUCGCGCCGCCGCGCAUUCCUCGCGCUUGUCGUCGUCGCCAUCCUCUGCCUGUCGCCCGCGCCGCACGCCGAGCCCGCCCUCUCGCUGGACUCGUUCGCAGAGAGCUUUGGCGCGGCGGGCAUUGCGUUGUGAGAUCCUUGAUUGUGUCCUGCCGGUGCCCUUUGAGCCGCGCCGCGAGGGUAUUUUCCAUAUGCGGCGCGUCACGCGAACGGCGAUUUUGCGUCAGACAAUUCCGAGAGCGAGUACGUACGUAUGUUAUCACCGCGGUGUGUCAC